AUGAAAUGUGGUACUACUAGACCAGUUUUACUGUGUUAUUUACUUCACACUGGCGUUCCAUGGACUGAAGAGGAACACCGGAUGUUUCUGCUUGGUCUGCAAAAGCUUGACAAAGAUGAUUGGCGGGGUAUAGCACGCAAUUAUUUAAUUUCAAGAACACCCACUCAGGUGGCCAGUCAUGCCCAGAAGUAUUUCAUCAGGCAAAGUAAUGUGUGUAGGAGGAAAAAACGGUCUAGCUUGUUUGAUAUUGUAGCUGAUGAAUCACUCGGCACUUCAAUGUUAUCACCGGAUUUGUAUGCCAUCGACCCUCCCCAAGUAGGGAGAGAAAUGGACAAUCCAUUGCCUGCUCCUAUUGCUGUGGAUGAAGAAUGUGAGUCAAUGGAUUCUGCCAAUUCCAACCACACUGAAACUGUACCUCAGAGAUUAGAUGGCUCACAAUGUGCAUAUCCCGUCCUCUAUCUUGCAUAUAUCACUCCGUGUGUUCCAUUUUCGUCUGCAUUUUGGUCUGGGUACAGUGCAGAGCCAGCCAAAUUGGAAACUCAUGAUGAAGUGCUUAAGCCAACAGCAGUUUACUUGAAGAGCCCAAUUAAUGUUGAUGAGCUCAUUGGCAUGUUGAAACUAAGCUUAGGGGAUUCCCCAGGCUAA